CUUCUGAACUAAUAUGACAGAUAUCUAGCAUCUAGCAAAAUAAUGGCAGCUGCUUACCUUGACCCAAACUUGAAUCACGCACCAAAUUCGAGUACUAAGACUCAGCUGGGUACUGGUAUGGAACGUUCCCCUGGGACGAUGGAGCGAGUACUAAAGGUCUUUCAUUACUUUGAAAACAGUAGUGAGCCAGCCACAUGGGCCAGUAUUGUCAGACACGGAGAUGCCACUGACGUCAGGGGCAUCAUUCAGAAGAUAGUGGACAGUCACAAAGUAAAGCACGUGGCCUGCUAUGGAUUUCCACUCAGUCACCUGCGGUCAGAGGAGGUUCACUGGCUACAUUUGGAUAUGGGUGUUUCCAAUGUGAGGGAGAAGUAUGAACUUGCACACCCACCAGAGGAGUGGAAAUAUGAAUUGAGAAUUCGUUAUUUGCCAAAAGGAUUUCUAAACCAGUUUACUGAAUACAAGCCAACUCUGAAUUUCUUCUAUCAGCAGGUGAAGAGUGAUUAUAUGUUAGAAAUAGCUGAUCAGGUGGACCAGGAAAUUGCUUUGAAGUUGGGUUGCCUAGAAAUAUGGCGAUCAUGUUGGGAGAUGCAGGGCAAUGCACUAGAGAAGAAGUCUGAUUAUGAAGUAUUAGAAAAAGAAGUUGGUUUAAAGCGAUUUUUUCCUAAGAGUUUACUGGAUUCUGUCAAGGCCAAAACACUAAGAAAACUGAUCCAACAAACAUUUAGACAAUUUGCCAACCUUAAUAGAGAAGAAAGUACUCUGAAGUUCUUUGAGAUUCUCUCCCCAGUGCACAGAUUUGAUAAAGAAUGCUUCAAAUGUGCUCUUGGUUCAAGCUGGAUUAUUUCUGUGGAGCUGGCAAUUGGCCCAGAAGAGGGGAUCAGUUACCUGACCGACAAAGGCUGCAGUCCUACUCAUCUGGCAGACUUUAACCAAAUGCAGACCAUUCAGUACUCAAACAGUGAGGACAAGGAAAGGAAAGGAAUGCUGCAGUUGAAAAUAGCAGGAGCACCUGAGCCUCUUACGGUGACAGCAGCGUCCUUAACCAUCGCAGAGAACAUGGCUGACUUAAUAGACGGAUUUUGCCGGCUGGUGAAUGGAGCUGCUCAGUCUUUUAUCAUCAGACCCCAAAAAGAAGGUGAACGGGCUUUACCAUCAAUACCAAAGCCGGCCAACACUGAAAAGCAAGGCGUGCGGACACACGCGGUCUCCGUGUCAGAAACAGACGACUAUGCUGAGAUCAUAGAUGAAGAAUAUACUUAUACCAUGCCCUCAACCAGGGAUUAUGAAAUUCAAAGAGAAGAACUUGGAAGGUGUAUUGGAGAAGGCCAGUUUGGAGAUGUACAUCAAGGAGUUUACAUGAGUCCAGAGAAUCCAGCUUUGGCUGUUGCAAUUAAAACAUGUAAAAACUGUACUUCAGACAGCAUGAGAGAGAAAUUCCUUCAAGAAGCCUUGACAAUGUGUCAGUUUGAUCAUCCUCAUAUCGUGAAGCUCAUUGGUGUCAUCACGGAGAACCCCGUCUGGAUAAUCAUGGAGCUGUGCACGCUGGGGGAGCUGAGGUCAUUUUUGCAAGUAAGGAAAUACAGUCUGGAUCUGGCCUCUUUGAUCCUGUAUGCCUAUCAGCUUAGUACAGCUCUUGCCUAUCUAGAGAGCAAAAGAUUUGUACACAGGGGCAUUGCUGCUUGGAAUGUUCUGGUUUCCUCAACUGAUUGUGUAAAAUUAGGAGACUUCGGAUUAUCCCGAUAUAUGGAAGACAGUACUUACUACAAAGCUUCCAAAGGAAAAUUGCCUAUUAAAUGGAUGGCUCCAGAGUCCAUCAAUUUUCGAUGUUUUACCUCAGCUAGUGACGUGUGGAUGUUUGGUGUGUGUAUGUGGGAGAUACUGAUGCACGGUGUGAAGCCUUUUCAAGGAGUGAAGAACAAUGACGUGAUUGGAUGCAUUGAAAAUGGAGAAAGAUUGCCAAUGCCUCCAAACUGCCCUCCUACUCUCUACAGCCUUAUGACAAAGUGCUGGGCCUACAACCCCAGACGGAGGCCCAGGUUCACUGAACUUAAAGCCCAGCUCAGCACAAUCCUGGAGGAGGAGAAGGUUCAGCAAGAAGAAUGGAUGAGAAUGGAAUCGAGAAGACAGGUCACAGUGUCCUGGGACUCAGGAGGGUCCGAUGAAGCACCUCCCAAGCCCAGCAGGCCAGGUUAUCCCAGCCCGAGGUCCAGUGAAGGAUUUUACCCCAGCCCCCAGCACCUGGUGCAGACCAAUCACUACCAGGUCUCUGGCUAUCCCAGUUCUCAUGGAAUCACUGCCAUGGCUGGCAGCAUCUACCCGGGUCAGGCGUCUCUUUUGGACCAAAUGGAUUCGUGAAAUCAGAGGCCUCAGGAGAUACCAAUGUGGCAGCCCAGCCUGGAGGACUCUGCAGCACUGGACAUGCGAGGAAUCAGGCAGGUAUUGCCAGCCCACCUGAUGGAAGAGAGGCUGAUACGGCAGCAGCAGGAGAUGGAAGAAGAUCAGCACUGGCUAGAAAAAGAGGAGAGAUUCCUGAAGCCUGACGUGAGGCUCUCGCGAGGCAGCAUCGACCGAGAGGACAGCGGCGGCCCAGGUCUGACUGGAAACCAGCACAUCUAUCAGCCUGUGGGGAAACGACCUUGCAGCUCCACCAAGAAACUGCCACGCCCUGGAGCCCCUGGUCACCUGGGCGGCCUUGCUGGCCUCGGCAGUCCCAGGGACAGUUACAACGAGGGUGUCAAGCCAUGGAGGCUUCAACCCCAGGAAAUCAGCCCUCCACCUACUGCCAACCUCGACCGGUCCAAUGACAAGGUGUAUGAGAAUGUCACAGGCCUCGUGAAAGCGGUCAUCGAAAUGUCCGGUAAAAUCCAGCCAGCCCCACCCGAGGAGUAUGUUCCAAUGGUGAAGAGGGUCGGCUUGGCCCUGUGGACGCUGCUGGCCACUGUGGAUGAGACCAUUCCCGUCCUGCCGGCCAGCACGCACCGAGAGAUCGAGAUGGCCCAGAAGCUGCUGAACUCCAACCUGGGUGAGCUCAUCAACAAGAUGAAGCUGGCCCAGCAGUAUGUCAUGACCAGCCUUCAGCAGGAGUACAAAAAGCAGAUGCUGACGAGCGCCCACGCCCUGGCUGUGGAUGCCAAAAACUUGCUGGACAUCAUUGACCAGGCGAGACUGAAGAUGAUUGGGCAGGCGCGGCCGCACUAG